UCGGGUCUGCGUAGCUCCAAAAGAGCAUCAAAUACUCUAGGACUCUCCGUCUAAGCCAUGGCCCCUCCUGGAAAUAAUAGCCAUGUAAAAUAUGCACAUCUAUCUAUCUAUCUAUUACACAUGACGUAUCGGGAAAAAUACAUUCCAGGAGAUUUAACCCCACUUCCUUUUUUAUUUUAAUUCUGAAAACGCUGAUGUCAUUUUAUCAAUGGUGGUUAGUGAGCGAGUUGGCAAAAAAAAUUUUUUUUCUUUGUGACUAACAAUAGAUAUACUUCAGUCUUCUCUGGUUGAUUAAAGAGGGCAUAGCAAAGCAAAUUUGUUUGUUCGUAGGUCGUAAGGUGAGAACCACUCUCCACACAUACAUUAACAUGCACGUUGAACAAAAUUAAGUAGAUUAAUCUUUAAAUAUGAUAUAUAAAAACUCAUGAUAUUUCUUAUUUUAUGCACAUUAAUCAUUAUUUGUUUAAACAUAAUAAAAAUAGAAAACAAAUAGAGGUGCAAUAUAUAACCGUAAUCAACUAAUUAGUGGUGAAAUACUAUAUACUCAUUUAAUAGCAUGUUUUAUACAUAAUGACAUUAACAAAACAUUAGAAGCUUUUGUGUAAAAGAUGUUCAAAAGAUUAAGAUAAACGUUCUCACAAUCAAUAAAACAUAACAUUUAAAAUAUUUUGGUGGUUCUUGGGGUUUCCCUUUCAUGUUAUUAUGAGAAGAGAGAUGUUUUUAUUUUUUUAAAGACGUUUUUAAGCGAACGUUAUUCAUUGCGAAGGAUGAAAUUUAUACAGGUUUCAGUUGAAGUGUUUAUACGUAAUGACAAGAAUAAAGAAAGAAGCGAGCAAAAAACAAGAUAGAAUUCGUCGUAUUCCCGAUCAAAAGAGAAUUGUCAACAAUAAAAAUAUUAAAAUAAAUGACAUCAAUUUAAAGAAGUUUUUAGAUACUGUAAAAGAAGAUUUACAGCAAGAUUGUACAAUACAAAAAGACUGCGACGCAACUGUUGAAGAAGAAAAGCAAGAAGCAUUGGCAGUGGAGAAAUCUACAACUGAUGAUAAUAAUGUGAAGGAUGAGGAAGAAAAAGCCGAAACAAAGGUGUUAUUAGAUGAGGAUGCUGCUCAACAAACAUCUGAGGAUGCAACAAAAGAAACAUCUGAAAACAAUGAUUUAACUCAGCACAGUGAAUUAGAUGAAAAAAGUGUCAAAGACACUGCUGAUGGCUCUGAAACAAAAGAUGAGGAAGUGUGGAAAGGUAUUGAACUUGUUGGGCUGUCUCCCAAAAGCCAGAAAGUCAAAGAGAAAGAAGGAAAUGCUAUUGAGCAGGUGAAUGAUUCAAAAACUGAAAACGAUAAUGUAUUAGAGGAGGCUCCUGAGACUGAAUCGGUGAAGAACGAGAGGGUGAAAGUGAAAGGUGUUGAUAUAAAAGAUAAAAUUGUCAGUGAUGUUAUUAAGGAUUUAAAAACUGCUGAUGAAGCUGGCGAAACCACUGAAGAUGGGUAUAAAUCUGGUGAUGAAAGGGAAUCAUUAUCUGAAUCUGACCGUGAAGAUUCUGAUGCUGUGGAGGGAAGGCUACGAAGACAAGAACCUAAGGAUAAUGCUGAAAGUGAAGGGGAAGGUGGUGAUGCGCCUGUUGGAGCUGAGGACAAUAUUGAUCGAAAUUUUAGUCAAGAAUCAGGAGGCUAUUCAGAUGACGAACACGAAAGUGGAUCGGAUAUAGUCAUUGAGAGUGAAGAAGAUGAAGCAGAGGAAGAUAAAGAGGAAGCGGUUAAAAGUCCUGCUUUUGUUCCAAGAAGAACUGGAUUUUGGGACCAUGAUGAUAGAUUUGCAGACAUGUCAGUUGAAGAAACAAGAGAACCACAAGGCGGCCGCAAGUUGUGGGACAAAAGUGAGGUUGCUAAAUGGCGUAAUGAUAAAUACGUGGAGUCUGAACAGGGACCAAAAGAAGAAUGGGAACGAGUUCGUCAAGGCGAAGAAAGAGAACAAAGACGAUCUGGUGAUCGCGGAAGACGCGAAAGAAAUUUCAAUGAUUUUUUACAGGAUGCGAGUCGUUCAGGUAAUCAAGGCAGGGGAGGACGUGGUAAUAGAGGUCGAGGAAAUCGUGGACGCGGCGAUCGAGGUCGUAGCGAUCGGGGGCGACGGCAAUAUCAAGAUGACAGAUAUGAGAAUAAAAGAGAUGCAUCUCCUGGGGAAGACUGGGAAUCACCGGAGAAAAGCAAAGCAAGAUCUGAUAGUCCAAAGCGCGACCACAGCGAAACGUCAAUGAAUUGGCAGCAGAAACAAAGUUAUCGAAACGAACGAAGAGAACAGAAUCGGAAUAAACAAUCGGGCAAGAACAGGUAUGAAGAAAGUUAUCAGCAAGGCUAUCCCUACAGAGAUAAUCAAGACAGGAGUAGGAUUGAUGAUAGACAAUAUAGAGAAGAAGGAAGGAGUAGAACUAAUAGAGAAGUGGAAGAAAACCGCAGAAAAGGAGGAGAAGAAGAAGAAGAGGAGUAUGAUGAAGCCAGUAGGGAACGGAUGUUAAGGGAGGAAAGGCGUAACAUAAGAAAUCGAGAUUCGGAACGCAGGGAUGAGAGGCAAAAUGGUAGAAGAGAGCGUGACUGGGAUGAAAAUAAAAGAUCCCCAAAAGAGAAGAAGCAAAUAGAGGAUACUAGGAAUAACAGAAUAGUUGACAGAAAAGACCGUGAACAUGAAAAUGUUGACGAGGGAGGUAAAAGAAGGGCAGGUAAAGGACGUGGUCGUGGUCGUGGCCGAGGCGUGAUUGAUGACAAAUUCAAAGACAAAAGGUCUGAUAACGUUGGAAGAGAUAAGAGCAAUAGGGAGAAAAGGAUUGAAAAUCUUCCACCAAGACUUCGUGAUAAGGAAAGAGAAAAAAUGGAACAUCAUGAGAAGUCUAAAGAUAAACAUCGUCAGGAUAGGGAUGAUCAUGAUAAAGAUGUGUACCAAGACGCUGAAGAACCUCAGUCGCCAGAUGAUGGAGCUCCACGAGAUAAACCGAAGCGAUAUUCUUCGCAACGACAGAAAACAGGAGCAUCAUUGUUGGACAUUCCAGGUCAAAUACCGGAAGAUGAAGAAAGUAGAACGCAAUAUUACAACCAACUAGGUCUAAUCCAACAAACGAUGUUCAACACGCAGCAGCUCACUGCACUACAAUCGCAACAACAGGGACUAAUGUCCAACAAAAAUAUUGCGUCGCUAGAGCAACAAAUCUUACACCUGCAAGGUCAACUACAACAACAACUCAACUUGCGCUCUCAACCACAAGCUGUUCCAAACAUGAUGCAGGCGCAUCCCAACAUUCAAAUGCAAAUGGUUCAACCUAUCGUACAAGGCGUGGAUCAACAGGGCCAAGUUUACAGCGGAGACUCAAUGUACAACAACAUGAAUCAACCUAUGAUGGCCAACACUUCAGCGGAAGGAAUGCCGAUGCCGAAUCCGCAAAUUAAUCCGUUAAUUCUUAAUCAAAUAAUGGCCGCUGCAGCAGUUCAGCAACAUCCUGUUCCAGGCGGCGGUCUGUUUGUCGCUCCUCCGCAGACGUCGCACCAGCAGCAGCAUCAGCAAACGCAAAUUAACGACGCAGAACAGCAACAACAACUUCGGAAGUCCCGACCAGCAGCUAUUCCAAUUAAACCUCCUCCUGGGCUUUGAUUCAGCAACAUAAAUACCGACAAUACACGAAAAAGAAACUGAGUGGAAGUAACCACUACAAUCAAAAAUGCAUUUGACGGGUUAAAUUAACUAACCGAAAGGUUUUCUUCAAUGCUCCAGUAGUUUUAAGAUAAGCAGUCAGGUUUGAAACCUCGCAUAAGAGUUAUUAUGAACUGAUAGUUGCUUGUAAUGUAGCAAAGUUUGUGGUGAAAAUUGUGUUCAGAACACUUGGAAGGGAUUUUCAGCUGAAUACAACUUGUGCAAACGUCUCAUUUAAUGAUUUGCAUAGGGCCUUGGAACUUUGCUAGUUUUGGCUAAAGUCAGGGAGUUCUAAUACUUAAUCUUGCUUGAAUAGGACACGCAAAUAAUCAGCAAAAAUCGUCUUAUAUAUAAAGCAAAAAUUAAAGGGAAGCAGGGAAGUUUUUUAUGGGAGAAUUUUCUACGAAGUUUCUUUUGUUAGAACUGAAAAACUAAUUAUAUAACCAGUGUGUAACUUAAGAUUUCUUAAAAGUGUUAAAAAAUAAAAAUGUCAUGCUUUUUAAGUGAUCUACAAAUGUCGAUGACAGGGGGAGAGGUAUUUUGUUGGAUGUAUCGUUUUAUUAUGCUUCUUGUAAGAUUUAUGGGUGAAGUUUGUUGUUUUUCUUGCGUAGUUGCACUUGCAUAAGAGGAAAGAAACUUCGAGUACAUUUAGUUGCAUUUUGUGUUUUCUAUAACGAGGGUACGCAUGUGACGAAUGACACUUAUUUUGCGUUUUUUGCAGCAUGAGAACGCAUCUCAUAUAAAUUUCACUAGAUAUAGACGCACCACAAUUUGGUUGUAGUUUAAUUUUAAUUUAUUGAGGCUUUUCAAGAAAAAAUUUCUCCAUUUAUUGUAUUAAAGUUUUGUAAUCAUUUAGGUGAUAACGAAUUAUAACUGAGCUA